AUGACGGACAUGGCGCUGAAGGAUUCCUUGUUACGUCGCAACAGCGUGAACCCUGAGGGCCUCGCGAACGGCAUUGCGAAGCUGAACUCGUCGUUGCAUAAUAAAACCAAUGGUGGUGUGGUUGGUGCUAUUCCAGCAUCGCCCAAGAUGUCGCUCCCCCGUGUCACCCGUCGAGGUCCACGCGGUGGCAAGGGCGGUGACGACGAAGAAGACGUGGUGACCUUGAUGAAACGCGACAUGAGCUACAACGCCAUUGCCCGACGAGCUGACCACUACAACAAUAACAGCAGCGAUAGUGAAUCACCGGAUGGUUCCUCUCAUGGCACUAAUACCGACAAGGACGAUCCCAUGGGCGCGUCGCAUCGCAGUGCCAGUCUCAUCAACAAUGAAUCGACCAACCAAGAACUCGAGCAAAUUCAAACGGCCGAACAAGAAGAAACCAGUGCCAUUGAAAUCAGACGGAUAGUACAAUUCUUGUUGCUGGGGGUGCUUGCCAUUCUUACCAUUGUCGCCAUGGCGGCAGUAGGAGUCGCCAUGCGAGACGAACAAGAACGAAGCGAUCAACAGAAUACUCAGACGUCGGAUAAUGCGUUUCAUAGUCUCGGCAACGCGGUUCGCAUGCAGCAACGCACUCUACAUCAAUCCCUCCAAAGCUUUGCCAACGUCAUGGCACACCAAACAGUCAUUAGCAGCGAGAAUGCUUCUUGGCCCUUUGUCACCAAUCCGCUCUUUGAAAUACAAGGACAGCCCAUUCGAGAAAUGCUACCCCAAAUUGAUCUACUGGCAUUCUCUCCUCUCAUCUCGUCCACGCAACAAAAAGAAUCCGAAUGGAACGAAUACGCAUGGACUCAUCAGACAUGGAUUCGAGAUGCCUGGAACUUUCUAGGGUAUACCGUCGAACCGGGCAACGUCGCUCCGUCCAUUUAUCAGUCCUCUACCGCUACUUCCACAACACAAUCAAAUUUUCUGGCUCCUCUUUGGCAAACAUCCCCUCCGCCCUCCGAAGCCUACAAGAUCAAUUACAAUGUACUCUCGCACGACGCAAUCGCCGAACUCUACCAGGACGUGACUACCCUCCUGCCCUUAUCCCAGGCGGCCAUUUCACCCGUCUUGGACGACCUACCCUACCUGUACGGAUUGGAAUUGGUAGAAGAAGAAGACCAAAAUCCCCGCAGUGUCCUCCUGAUACCCAUUCGGGAUCGUCAAGGGGGCGUUCAAGAAGCAGGAGAGGUUGUGGGAUUCUUGCAGGUCCUCAUCAAUUGGCAAGACUACAUUACCCAAAUCCUUCCUGGUGCCACUACUAAUGGCAGGGCGCGUCUGCGCAAUACGUGUGGACAGAACUAUACCUUUUUGAUCCAACCAGGAAACUCCUCGUCCUCCGCCAGCGGCGUUUCGGUUGUGGAUAAUGAUACUGUCGAUGAUGAUUAUACCGAUGCGGUCGUGGUGGAAGAUAUUCUCUCCUUGCCCGGAACGGGAAAUGGGAGCUGUUCCUACUCUCUUGAGUUCGCGAACGAACCACUGGAAAGUCAACAACAACAACAAGACAACAACAUGGAAGGAAUCCUCAUCAUUGCCAUGGUCCCAUUGGCUCUGGCCUUCGUCGUUUUGCUCGCCAUGGGAAUCUGCAUGACACAACUCAAUGACUGGGUGGAAAAACGUCACAACAAAUUGGGAGUCUCCGCGGCAAAAUCCAAUGCCAUUGUCGCAAGCAUGUUCCCCACCAAGAUUCGGGAUCGAUUGUUGGCCGAUGCCAACACCAUGGGGGGUGGUGGUGACCUAGCGUCGUCCACAACGUCCGCCAGUGGUGGCGAAAACAAACGCAGCAUUAGUAGCAUCGGCAGCAAACGGGCCGUCAAAAAGUUACUGUCCAACAGCAGAAAACGCGGCAGCAGCAGUCUCGACGAUAUUGGGGAAAGUCUCAAAGACAACCACGCGUCGGAUUCGGCUGCCAUCAUGUCCGCGGCAGACGAAGAAUUGGGUGCUGGUGGCGGAGCGGACGAGAGCCAGGAAUGCUACCCCAUGUUCAAGGGAGGAAGUGAACGGCUGAAAAAUUAUCUCGAUAAUGGAUUGACACCGGACGAGGCUCAAUACAGUGCGCCCAUUGCCGAUUUGUUCCCGAAUUGUACAGUUCUCUUUGCGGAUAUUGCCGGUUUCACUGCAUGGAGUUCGGUCCGAGAACCUUCUCAAGUGUUCACUCUCCUGGAGACUUUGUAUCAAAGCUUUGACGACAUUGCAAAGAAACGCAACGUGUUCAAAGUGGAAACAGUGGGAGAUUGCUAUGUGGCGGUGACGGGUCUUCCAGAGCCCCAAGACGAUCAUGCUCUCAUCAUGGUCCGGUUUGCUCGCGAUUGUAUGUACAAGAGCUACGAGCUAACAAAGAAGUUGGAGGUUAACCUGGGUCCAGACACAGCAGAACUGUCGAUGAGGUUCGGACUUCAUUCGGGACCCGUAACUGCUGGUGUGCUUCGCGGAGAUCGCAGCAGAUUUCAACUAUUCGGCGACACCGUGAACACCGCAAGCCGCAUGGAAAGCACCGGACAGAAGGGUAGGAUCCAGAUGUCGGAGGAGACCGCCGAUAUUUUGAUUCAGAUGCGGAAGUCCCAUUUGGUGCGUCAGCGAGAAGACAAGGUAACAGCCAAAGGCAAGGGGGAAAUGACGACUUUCUGGAUGGCUUUGGGCUCGGAUCCUGACGAAGUAGAAGAGGAGGAAGUUGUCCCCCCACCUACGAUGCUUGGUAGAAAUGUCUCGAGCGGCGUUGAUUCAAUCAUUGAAUGCGAUGAAGACGAUACUAGCGUUGAAAGUGUAGAGAUGGAAAAGGAAGAAGGCGACAAAGGUGGCUUGAUCAGAAAAAAACCGAACCGCCGUGGGGUAAACAACAACAACAGCGGAAGCAGCAGCAACAGCGGAAGCAAUCGAGGCGGACCAAGGGGCGCGCCGAAGCGCAGGAAGCCUCCCGCAAUCUCCAUGUCAGGUUUUGGCAGCUUCAAGAGUCCCCGUGAGAAGAAGCAAAAUAAAGAAUCCCGCCUGGUGGACUGGAACGUCGAGGUGCUUUCGAAGUUGCUCAAACACGUCAUUGCGAGACGGAACGCACUUGGAUUGAGUGCUCCAGAUGACGAGGUCAAGCUUGAAAGACCAGAUGGCCAAACGGUUUUGGAGGAGGUUCGAGAAAUCAUUACGCUGCCAAAGUUUGACGCUUCUGCAGCCAAGAAGCAAGAGGAUCCCGAAAAGAUGGAAUUGGAUCCGCUGAUCAAGGAGCAAUUGCAUGACUACGUUUCCACCCUUGCUUCUUACUACCGGGACAAUCCAUUUCACAACUAUGAGCAUGCUUCACAUGUCACAAUGAGCGUGGUGAAACUAUUAUCUCGGAUUGUUGCUCCCAAAGCUGUGGACCGUACAAAGAUGACAUCCGCGGAGAAAAUGUCUGCCGAGCUGCACGAUCACACAUAUGGGAUUACUAGCGAUCCACUUACUCAGUUUGCUGUCGUCCUAUCAGCCUUGAUCCAUGACGUUGACCACACGGGUGUUCCCAACUCUCAGCUUGUGAAAGAAAACGCCAAGGUCGCUGCGUACUACAAGAACAAGAGUGUGGCAGAGCAGAACAGCGUAGAUCAAUCUUGGGAUUUGUUGAUGGAAUCCCAAUUCAAAGAACUCAGGCGUGCAAUAUAUUGUGAUGAAUCAGAGUUGACUCGCUUCCGCUCGCUUCUGGUGAACUCGGUCAUGGCAACGGACAUUGUCGAUAAAGAGCUCAAACAGCUUAGAAACAAUCGCUGGGACAAAGCCUUCAGUGGAGAGGUCCCACAGACAGAGAAAGAAGUUCACGACGCAGUCAACCGCAAAGCGACCAUCGUGCUUGAGCACUUGAUUCAAGCUUCGGACGUUUCGCACACCAUGCAACAUUGGCAUGUGUACAGGAAAUGGAACGAGCGACUGUUCCAUGAAAUGUUCAAUGCAUACUGUGCAGGUCGCGCUGAAAAGGACCCGUCCGAGUUUUGGUACAAGGGCGAAAUUGGUUUCUUUGACUUUUAUAUCAUCCCCCUUGCGAAGAAGUUGAAGGAUUGUGGAGUCUUUGGAGUAUCAAGUGAUGAAUACCUGAACUACGCAAUAAAAAAUAGGGAGGAGUGGGCUCGCAAAGGGGAGGCUGUGACCGCUGAGAUGGUUGCAAAGGCUCGGGACAAGGACCUUGCGAGGUUGGAAAGGCAAGCUUCCGUUCGGGGACCGGUGAUUGCCGAAAUGAAGGCUGCAGUGCGCAGCAUGAGGACCCCCCAGAAAAAGCAAGAUCAAUUCCGCCAGGCGUCGUUCCGCCACCUGCGAACCGAAGCACAGGAAACAGAGUCUAUCGCAAUGCCCCACCAUGGCUUUCGGCGACAGCCACCACCACGAAGAGGAACCCCAACUAGAGGCACUGUAGCUUCUCUCAGUAUGGGCAAUAUCGAGCGAAGUGCGUUGAAAGAGUUCCGCAAUCAGAAACCCAGUGUGCCAAUAAGGAAGUUGUCGGCUCGUGGCAUGGGAAUGGGGAUGAGAAAACCAGAACGAAGGAACAGCAAUCACGACUUGGGUUCGUAG